AUGUGGCUGACGGCAUGGCAGUUGUUGCCAACCCUUUGGGGACUAGCUCAGGCUCAAGGUGGAUUGGAACAGGCACUGGCGGAAGAGCGCGAAAGAUGGUGGAAUGCUGGACACACCCAGGUGCAGUUGUGGGAUCAUUCCUGGUUGACUCCCCGGCUCGUCUGCGGAAUGCGCUUCAUGCGCGUGCCACCCAAGUCAAGCAUCGAAGGAGGCGUCUUUUUGCCCCUUGCGGGUAUGGGAAUGGGAGCCGAAGAGAUCCUCGCUGCCGUCAACACGAGCGGAACAGUUCCAAAGCUGAACUCUCCAGAGAAGCUCAUCGUGUGGACGUUCGAUGGCACUGAGUUUCAAGAGCGCGCUCUGGCGUUCUAUGCUGGUGGCAAACCCCCGAUGGAAGAUGUGUGGCUGCUUGCCUUGAUGUUGGCUGUACCUGCAUCCAAGCACAACAAUGUGAUGUCGGGCAGCGACAUGCUGGAACUUCAAUGUUCCGCAAUGGUGCUGCUGGCGAGCUACAUGUAUGCAGAGUACAUGACACUGCUGGUGCCUCCUGCUGUUUUGCUGAAGUAUUUCCAGCACACUUGGGAAGUGCACAGCCGUGAAGGGGCCCCGGAGUCCGCGACAGAGAUGCUGUCGCACUUCAGCUCUUUUGAGCCUUUGAAUACAGCCAUGAAUCAGUUCCAGCGGAUCUUGCAGGCCCGGCGACAGGCCUUUAGCUGUGCAGUCCUGGGCGAAAGAACAUGCCCCAACGACUUGGGGAAAGAUGCAUCGAUUAUCCGACCAUUGGUCGACGUUGUGAUCGUAAGAUGCCGAGAAGACGUGAGCUGGGCCUUCGACUGGAUAGGAAGGGUCCUCCGGGAUGAGUGGACCCCGGAAGUUGCAGGCUUAGAACUGCGGCUCCUGGUUUACGAGAAGUGCUUCUCUCCAGGAGAUUCCGAGGAAGAAGCGAUGACCGGCCAGCAGCUGAUCGACCGACUCCUUGACCUUGGGGUGCUGCAUCCAGGCAGCGACGCCAUCUACCUUGCGGAGCCACAAGGCUUCGAGAAUGUGGCCUAUGUGCACUACUGCAUGUCUCCGAAGUGGAGGGACUCAGACUUCGUGAUCUUUCUCCAUGGCUACCCCUUCGAUCACACGAACGAGAAGAUGCUCGACGAUGUCCUGAGGUCUAUGGCUCAGGGCACCUAUGCAGUACCCUUCGUCCACUUGAACAUCAAGCGCCUGCCUCGUAUUGCGGUGGAGCCUUGCCUUCAGGAGCUCAUCAGGCCAGCAUUGGAAGCUUGGCAUGCUGAUCAUCAGGUGCUUGGAACUGGGUAUUCUGGGGCGGUAUGCUUGGCAGAGCAUAGGUCCUCGAAGCGGCAGGUCGCCGUGAAGCAAUUUCGCAAGCGCCGCUUAAAGGAGCAUCGGCUGAAGAUGUUGAAGAGUGAAGUCGAGGUAUACCUGCGACUGGAUCAUCCCAACAUCUGUCGAUUACUGCAUGCCUACGAGGGUCGUCGGUACGUUUGGCUUGUUAUGGAAAUCUGCAGCUGUGAGCUGUACAGCAGGCUGUGUGAGCGGAAGGUCUAUUGCGAGGAGGAUGCUGCGGAUGUAAUGCGACAGAUGCUCCAAGCUAUCAAUUACCUGCGCCUUGGCACGCCCCAGCACAGCCACAACAUUGUCCACCGAGACCUCAAGCUGGAAAAUUGGAUGUAUGGAGCUCCCACAUGUCAAGAUCAAGAUCGAAUCAAGCUUAUUGACUUCGGUUUCUCCGAGAUCAUUCAGGAGGACACGAAGAUGGAGAUGCCAUGCGGGACGCUGCACUACACAAGCCCGGAGGUCCUCAGCCGGAACUACACCAAAAAGUGCGAUUUGUGGAGCUGCGGCGUAAUCUGCUACAUGCUUCUCAUCGGCCGACCGCCCUUUCGCGGAGCCAACAACGCACGGAUUGCCCGAGCCAUCUUAGAGGGAGACUUUCCCAAGGAAGGGCGAUGGGAAUUCCUGUCCUCCCAUGCGCAGGACUUUGUGAUGAGGUUACUUCAAAGAGACGUGGGAAAAAGGAUGUCUGCUUCUGCCGCUCUUGAGCAUCCCUGGCUGAAGGGUGGUGGCUGCACACCUUCGCCUGUCAUCGGUGUAUCCGUUCUGCAGAGCCUCAGGACCUUUGCGCAAACUUCUCACCUUCGGAGAGCCACUUUAACCAUCCUGGCGUACAGCCUGACUUCGACUGAGUUGGAAGGUUUGGAGCAGACCUUCCUCGACUUCGAUCAGACUGGACGUGGGACCGUCACGCUGGAGCAGCUAAGGGACGCCAUGCAGACUCGCCUCGAUGUCUCUUCGGCCGAGGUGAAUCGGAUCUUUCAAGCAGUCGACUUCACACAAAAUGAUGAGAUCCAAUAUACACCUUUUGUGGCAGCCUUGCUGGCCACCAGAGUCAAGCUUCAUCAGGACAAAGUUCGUGAGGCGUUCGAUGCUUUCGACAUCGAGGGUAAAGGUUGCAUCACGGCAGAGACCCUCGUGCAAGUCUUCAACAGUCAGCUCUGCGAGGGAGGUGCCCAAAGCUGUAUUUCCAAGGAGGAAGCAGAGGAGUGGGUUCGUGAAGUGGACUUCAAGGGCAACGGGGUCAUUGACUACCCUUCUUUUCUGGCCGCGAUGAUGGGUCGCAGCUCGAAAGGCCUUCCUUCCUCCGAGGACCUGGCGGAUCAGCCCAGCAUCCGAGUUUUCGAAGAGAGCCCGAGUGGCAGGCCGCGAGGACUAACAGAGUCCUUCACCGCGGCCAGUUGCACCCUUCGUCUUAGAGAUGCCAUCCUGGACACCUGCGACACGGACUCUGCCCAGAGCGAGAAGAGGGAGGGUCGAGGCCGUGCCAAGUCAUGCAACGGCCUGGAGGAAUGCUCAGAAAAGGUCCAAAUUCGGUUUCUAGCCUGUCCAGUGGACGAGCAUUACUUUUGA